UCGAGUUGAUCCCCCAAGAUGUUAGACGAGGUAUCGAAAAGGGCUAAACAUGGGAUGGGGGUGGAUUUUUUGAACAUCGUCAUUAUUCCUCCGGUAUGUUAACCCCUCAUCAUCCAUUUUUUAUUUUUAUUUUUAUUUUUAUUUUUUUGGGUUCCCAGCCUUCCAGAAACGAGCGAUCAAAGCACGUUCCAAGGAGGACGCCGCGGUCAUGCAUUGUCAUUCCUCUGGCUCUCCACCCGUUACCUAUAUGGGGUAACUCGUUCAGUGACGGAGACACUGACGAGUCUCGUUGCUGGACGAGGCGGAUCUUCGGCAGUGUCCGACCACUUCGGAGUGGAGCGCAUUGUGCCGUUGCCUUGAGACGAGACAAAUAGGAAUAGAGAGAGAAAAGAAGGGGGCAAAAAUGAAAGAACAAGAGAAAGGAAAGCAGGGAAUAGGCAACCUCUGCGUCCAGCGCAACUAU